GCUUUUAGUAUUAACACGUGACAAAUGAAAUUACUAACAUCAUUAUUUUACUCAGAUUUUGGUAAUUCUUAUUAUUUAUUUUUAAUAACGGUUUUACUAUUGCUGUUAAAAAAAUGAAAUGGCUUAUAAUGAUACCCUUUAGAUCUUUUUGAAUCACAAGUAAAAGUACCAAAAAUUAAAUAUUUAUAGUUUUAUAAAUUAUAUGGUACCUUGUUUAUUAUAUUUACUUAUCAGUUCAAAAUUAGCAACUAAUAUAAAUGUGUGAUUUUAAUAACCAUUCUUAUUGUGCACUUUAUUAUAUAUUUUUAAAAAUUAAUAUUUUGUUACAGAUUAAAAGAACCAAAUUAAUUUGAAUUCACAAUGCCAAAUUUACCUCCCUUUUUUAAUGGAAAAAUCAGUGGUGUUUUAACACUAUCUGUAUUAGAUAUAUAUUGGUAUAAAAAUGGUAUAAAAAGUAGCCAUGUACAAUUUGAAUGGACUGGAAGUCAAGAAAAACAUAAACUUUUGUAAGUAACCAAAAUAAUUGUAUUAAAAAGUCAAUUGUAUUUUCUAGUGAUGUACAACAUUUUAAGAUAGUUUUGAUUUAAAUAUUACUUUUGAGAUUUUUAAAAAGCCAAAAAUCAAUAUUUAUUAAUUAGGAUUAUAAAAUUACAAACCUAUUUUCUUUUUUAUUCGCUGUGAGGUACCUAGUAUUGUUUAUUAUUUUCUUAAUAACUAAACCUAUUAAAUAAAUGUAAUUAUUAAUUAUUUAUUUCUAAAGUAUUGUGUGUAGUUUGAUCCUAUAUAUACAUUGUACAUAUUAUAUUUGACUACCUACUACAUUGUUAUAACUUAUAUAUUAAAUUAUAGGUUACCUACAUUUUUACCAUUUCCAAUUAAAAACUAUAAUUUGUUUCAAAGUAUGUAAAGGGUACUAUUUUAAUUGUGUUAUUGUCUUUGGUAUGUUUUGUUACCUUUGAAAUCUUUUAUCAUCCCAUGUAGGAACUAAUUAAUUUAUAUUAGUUUCAAUAACUAAUUAUCAAUUAUUUUUAAAACAUACACAAGUAAACUUCAAAUAAUAAAUAUUAAUUAUGUAAAUCUAGAAUUGUACAAAUCUAAGAGAAAUAUGAACUGCUACUUAUGACAGAAUUCUGUAUAGUAUUCACUAUUUUAUGGUUUGAAAACUAGUGUAGGUAUAUGUAUUAUCAUUGAUAGUUGAAUAGAAAUCUAUUGGUAAGUCUAAAAAGUCCACUUUUGAUUUUUAAACUUAACAAUAAGGCAACAUACAUUUUAUUACACAUUAAUAUCAAAUAUUGUUCACAAUAAUUUCAAUCACAUAUCAAAAUAUCAAUAUCAUUAUGCUACACUAAUAAUUUCAUUGUUUUUUGUAAUUAAUUAAGUAUAUAAAACAAUUGCAGGACAUCUCAGUUUGCUAGAAUGACUUAUGAUAUUCGAACUAGCUAUAAAUUAUUUUUAAACUACUUAUCAACAUCAACAUUAACAUGUUCAGUUAAAAGUUCUGAAAAUAAAACUAUUGCUCAUGCUACUAUCGGAAACUUAUUAAUGCUUGCUCAAGAUAAUCAACUGGUUAAAACAUUACCAUUGAUUAAUAAUGAGAAAACAGUUGGUAUUUUAAAAUUAUGUUUUAAUUUAAAAACAUUUAAUGACACAUCAUUUGACAAUGAUAUUAAAUUAUUAACACAAUUUGGAAUUAAAAAUGAAGUUUUAAAUAAUAUAAAACCACCAGUUAGUUCUUUGUCGUCUAAGACAAAUAGAAGCAAAGAAGAAUUAGCUAGUGAUUAUUUAAUGGGUAAUUAAUUAAUUAAUUUAUGUUUUAAAAUUAAAAAUAGUUUCUUUAAAAAACUUUUUAUAUCUUGAGUAAUAUUUAGGAAAAGAUAUGGCUCCUGAAGAAGAAAAGGAAGCUCUUAGUGCAUUAACAAUAAUGCCCUCUGCUGAAAGCAUAGUUAGUGCAGCUGAAAACAAUGGUAUUUACUCUACAUCACUGUCACCAUUAUGUGUUCAAGUAACAAAAAAAUAUAUUAAAUUAUUAUUUUUACUAUUUUUAUUGUUAUUGCUAUUUUAUUUAUGUGUAUGUGCUUGGUAAAAUAUAAUAAAAUAUGUAUGUUAAAUUUAUUAAAUAAUAAUAACUAGGUAUCUAUAAAUUUAUUAAUUAAAUACUUUUUAAAGUACAAACCGAAUAUGACCUUUAAUUAAAAUAUAUAUUUAAUUUAUUUCAGUAGGUACAGAAUAUUUGUGUUAUAAAUUUAAAAAUUUAAUUUGAGAGUCAAUCAUUAUGUUAUUAGAAAAUUAUUUGUAUUGAGUUGAGAGUUAAAAUUUGAAUACUUCUAUGUAAUUGCUAUACUUUAUUUGCCCGCUUUAUUAUUUUGGUUAUUAAAUCAGAAAAUUCAAAUGAUCAUUGGUUUCAUAAUUACAUAAAUGUGAAAUAAUUUAGAAAUUUAAUGUUUCAUUUUCUUGAAAAAUAUAACUUAGAAUACAAAAAAUAAAACUUCAUAAAUAAAAAGAACAUAUAGUUCCUUAUUUUAUUCUAAAUCUAAAAAUAAUAGGUAUUUCUACUAAGUUUACCAUUGAUAAUGGGCAGUAAUUUGUUAAAGGUAUUUAUAUUAAAGCACAAUGUUUCAAAGUUUUACAGUUUCUUUAAUCUUAACAUUCUAAUGCAAUGUUAGAGUAAAAUAAACAAGAUCUACAAAUGGAUUUCAUAUACCAUAAAAAAGGCUUUGGGCUGCCGACUACUAUUCUAGUGGAUUUUAAAAUUGUACAUAAGUGUAUAAUGUAAAAUUCAUAAUACAGACUAUAUUAUUAAUUUAAUACCAUUUUUAAGUAACAUUGCAUUAUAUUUUUAAUAUAUUUUUUAGGGUCAUACCAAAAUGAUGACAAAAAUUAAACCUAGCAUUCAAAAUAUAAAAACAACACAAGUAACUUUAAAGAAACCAUUUACCAAAUUACAUAGUAAUGAUCUAAAAAAAGACUUCUAUAAAAAAUCAUAUAAAGGUAAGACUAUUCAAUAUAUAAGAUCACUAAAAACAAGUGUUUAUUAAAUUUAUUCUUUUAUAUAAUACAUGGUUGAAAACACUUUUAGGUCUAGAUUAUUUAUAACAAAUAAUAUUAUCAAUGAAUCAAGAUUAUCUUGAAUNUAUAUAAUACAUGGUUGAAAACACUUUUAGGUCUAGAUUGUUUAUAACAAAUAAUAUUAUCAAUGAAUCAAGAUUAUCUUGAAUAAGAAUGGCCUUGUCUGUAACAGUGUGCUUUACUAUAUACAUUUUUUUUAAUGUUUUUAUAAUUAAAUAAAUUAAAAGCACCUUACCAUAUUAUAUCUGAAUAUAAAUAUCUUUAUAAUAUGUAUUAUUAUUUAUGACAUGUUUUAUUAUAUUAAUAUUACUAUAGAUUUUAUAUUUUUAGCAUCUGUACCAAAAGAUGAUGUAUACAUGCAUAUAUCAGUUCUUUCAAUUAAUGUUUACCGGACGGUUAAAUCACUCCAAAACUGUAAGUUUUGGCUUUUUUAAAUAUAUAUUUACCUUACAGAAGAUGCCUGCAUUUUGUUUUUUCUGUAUAUUCAAUAGACUAUGUAGCAAAUAUGUGUCUUUGUAUUUCCAAUAGGGGCUCAUAGACUUAAAAGUUGAAAUAAAUUACUAUUUGUUUUACUAUUUAAAUGAAAUUAAAGACGACAACACUGUCUAUGUUUUCACUGAGGAAUUUUUCAAUAUCAAAUUCCCAGAUAAUCUAUUAAUAUUUCAAAAUUUAAACUUGAUACACAAUUUUAUAUUUAAAAUAUAAAUAAUAAUAUUUGUUUUAAGUCUAUUAGAAUCUGAGUAUUAUUUAAUGUGAAAACAAAUCUUUGCUAUGUUGUCUAUUAAAUAUACAAAGAUGGCAAAUGCUGGUGUACCCUCCUCUUAAACAGAAUAUAUUUUUUAUUUUAUUAUAUUCAUGUUUAAACUUUAAAUUACCAGGAAAAAAGACACAAUUCAAAAAUGAAUACAUACAUUAUAUAUUAUAUAAUGUAUAUAAUUUUUUGUUUUAGAUAUUAAUAGUACUUAUAUUGUGCAAUGUCUUAAGGAUCAAGAACCAUAUAAAUCUUUGAGAUUUCUAUCUAGACAUGUUGAUGAUAAUGGUAACAAUAUAAUAUUAAAAAUUAGUUCAACCAAUAUGUUUUUUAAUUUGAUUUUUUGUUCUCGUUUGAAUAUAAAAGUACUUAUUAUUGUAUUUAAUUGUUACAUAUUAACAUAUUUUUUUAAAAUUUUAGUUGUGAAAUUUACAAAUUGUACUCUAUCAUCUCGCUUAGAAGGCUCUACAGUUAAAGGUGUUACCAUUAAAGCAUAUGUACGACUUCUUAGUGAAAGAAAUCCUAUAGUACUUGGUGAAACCAAAGAAAUGUUAGACUGGACUGGAUUUUCAACUACUUUAGAUGUUUCUCGAUACAUUAAAGUUCCUAUUUGGAAUAAUAAUAAAAUAACUGGUCAUUUGUCUUUAUCAUAUAAGUUUUCUAAAACAUUUACACUCCAAAAACAUGAAGAUAAUUUUUCUGAAAAACUUGUUGAAAAUAUAAUAGAAAUAGAAGACUCUGAAAAGGAACAAUGUAAACCAAUAGACAUUCAUAAGUCAGUUCAUACUAUAAAUAAAAAAAAAAAUGAAGAUCUCACCUCAUAUCAGAUGAAAGACCAGCAUUGUUUUUACAACCAACUUUAUCCUGAAAAUAAUAAAGAAAUGUCUGAAAGUCAAUUAUUCAUAGAUGAGUGGUCAAAAAAUAAAUUAAAAAUUGAAACAAAAGACCAAGGAAUUCAAACUAAUUUAAAAGAUCGUUCUUUUAACAAAUCUGUGCAAACUUUAAUAAAAACAUUUAAUAUUGCAAUACAAGUUAAUACUGAUGAAUUAGAAGAUCCGUUAGAUAAAGUAAUUUCUUAUGACAUACAGAAUAUAUUUCGAUGCACUCAUGAAUUCACAUUUUAUAUAAAAAAGAAAUUUAAUUCAACCUUUAAUUAUGUAACCUAUCAAUUUCCAGAAUGUGUAACUAAUAACAUGGGAAAAGGUAAAACUUCAAUUUUAUGAUAUAUUUUAAAUAAACAAAUACAUAUAUUUUUGUUUGUUUUUAGUUAUUAAGUGUUGUCGAAUGUUCAGAACUUUUGGCAAUACUAAUAUCUUACAUUUGAUAACAUUGCCCACAACAACUCCAUUAGAAACCUAUUUUUACAAUAAUUAUACAAAAUCAGCUAUUGUAUUAAAUCUUCAUCAAGUUCAUGAUUAUUCAUCUGGAAAAGUAAAUAAAAUAAAUGAAUCUAAUAUUAUAUUUUAUGUUUAAUUUUCAUCAUUAUUUUUAGGUUUUGCUACUAGUUUCUGAUUUAAUUGACAUUGCAAAUGAAUUUAAAACUUCAUAUGUUACCAAAAAUUUAGUUUUAAACAAUAAUUUAACUGUAGGAACCACAUCUGAUAAUAAUGUCCAUAUAAAAAUAAAUUAUAAAAGAGUGUAUCACUCACUUCCAUCUCCUGAAAAAUCACUUAAAGACCAGCCAUAUUCACAAAAGCCAAUGAAAAAAAAUCCUAAAGUUAUAGACUUGACUGAAUCAGGAUCUGAUUCUGAAGAUAUUUGUGUUAACAAAACAUACACAUUACAUAAACACGACACCACAUUUGCUGAAAAUGCUGUUGAAAAUAGUACUCAAACUGAUCCAGUACCUGUUAAAAUGUCUCAUAAUUGUAAAACUCAAACUGAAAAAGUUAUAGAGCAACAAUGCAUAACUAUUAAUAAUAAUAAAAGUAACAAAAUUGAAAUGAAAACUGGAAAUGCAACCCAAAUAGAUAAUUUUGUUAUUAUUGAAAAUCAGAAUAAAAAAAGUAUAAGACCAGAAAAUAAGAGUUUUGGCAAAUUAAAUGAUAUUAUUAAAGCAAAAAUAACCAUUAAAUGUGGAUAUAAUUUACCAAUGGUCAAACUAAAUGGUGACACUACACCUACAGCUCCAACAACAUAUAUAAUUAUGGAAUAUAAUAGUGGAAGCCAUUUAUCAACAUCAUCCGUUGUACAACAAACAAAUCCCGUAUGGGAGAGUGAAUGGACAAUUGUGCUUCCAAAAAAAAAAUUAAUAGAGGUGUGAAAAAAUAUUUAUUUUAUUAUCUAAUAAUUCAUAAUAUGAUGAUUACUUAUAUUUUUAAUUUUAUAUUUAUUAUUAUGGUAAUGCUAUUAUUUUAUGUCAAAUUUACUUAAUAAAAGUAUUUCAUUUAUAAUAAAUAUAAAUUUCACUCUGUAGAAGGAUUAAUUACACUUUAUACAAGUUUAUAGUUAAAAUAUUAACACUUUAAUUUCAUAUUACAUCUGGUUUUAGGAAAAAUGGUUAAUAUUAGAAUUGUGGUGUAAAAAAUAUAAAAAUGAAUAUGCUGGACAUGAUGCUAAGCGAGAUGCAAGACUCGGAUUUAUAUUAAUAGAUUUAUGUGCACUUGAAUAUGAUAAUAUGAAUCAAGCAUUUGGAUUAUAUGAUGUAAUUAGUGAAACUGAAGAAUGCCAUGGCCAGAUUAAAGUAUAUACUAAACUUUUGCCAUGCCUAAAUAUUGUAUUAUCUUCAAAAGUACGGUUUUUAAAUCUUAGGUUAUGAUUAGUCAAAUUGACUGUGCUGGUCCAAAAGUGAAUGACAACUAUGAUGUCUGUGUAUUUCAACCAUUUAAUAAAAGCCAAAUGAUUCCCAUCAAAGAAAAAAUUAUAAAUCAACCAACAUAUGACUCUUUAAGGUGAAUUUACAUUUACAUUUCUGAUAAAUAUAAAAUCUGUAUUCAUUUAUCAAAGGACUUGUUAAAAUAUGCCUCUCUAAAAUUAUAAUAAAAGCAAUGAUCAAAUAAUCAUAUUCCAUGAUUAUUAUAUAGUAACUAAUAGUAAGAGAUAUUUGUAUACAAAUAGUCUUUCAUUGGUUAUUCCCAUUGCUUUAUUGUAUAUUGAUAUAUACAGUAUUAAUAUGAUUUAAUAGUAAUCCCAAUUAUAGUUUUAAAUAAUGUUAAUACAUUUUUAAAUAAAUUUCAUGUUACAAGAAAUGAAAUUCCUGAAAAAAUUCAAACUGAAAAUAAUUUCCAAGAAGAAUUAAGAAAACCCAAAAAUCCUAUUUCAGUAAACAAUAGAAAAAUUGAAUAUAUAGAUAUAACUGGAGAUUAUCCUCAAAACAUCAGCAAUACGAUAUUAAGGCAUACUAUUGCUGAAACUAGUUUAAAAAAUUGUUAUUUAAAGAAUGAUAAUGUACUUGAUGUGGGCACUUCUAGUUCAGUUACAUCUUGGACAAGUUCAUCAGAUGACAUAUUGUAUUCAAACAAUCCUCAGGUAAUUAAAAACUUCACUUCAUAUAAUGCUAUAUAAUUUUAAGCAAUUGAUAAUUCGAAAUAUGUUCUAGCAAUAUUGUUAACAAUAUAUUUUUUUUAUAAUUGCCUAACUUUUAAAUUAAUUUGUCUAAUUAAUCUUAAUUCUUUACUAUGAGAUUCUAUAUAUAACAAAGAAGCUAUACAUUUUAUAUAUUUUACUUUUACAGUUAGUAAAAUGUUCUGAUUUUUUUAUGUUAUACCUUAAAAAAUGUAAAUUUGUAUCCUUUAUUUUAAUUUACAUUUUCUCUCAUGUAGUCUCGCAAAUGAAUCUGAAAUCAAGAUGUUCACACUUAGGUCAUUUUUUGUUUAAUUUUUAUUGAUUUUUGUAUUAACUUUGUAACAAGGAAAAAACGUCUUCAAUUACAUAAAAUGUAUAAAAUAAAUUACCUUGUGUAUCAGACUUACCUACCUAUAAUAAUAGCCUACUCGUGAGCAUUAUCAACUUUUUCUUCAUUUUAUUAUCAUACCUACUUCAUAAAUAUUAUGUAUUUUGAACAUAGGUAAAUCAGUAAAUGGAUGAUCACAGUGGUCAACCAUGAAUCAAGGCAAAUUACAGAGACCAAUUUUAUGUCAUGAAACUUAUAUUAGCCCUUUCUAGACUUUUUUCAAUUUUCAAAUCAUUAUGGCAAAAUUUGAGGCCUUUGCAAUUGUGGUUUUGUUUUUUUUUAAAUUUUAGUUCAUGUGGAUAUAAUUUAUGUGGCUCCUAAUAAUUUUACUCUCUAUUUUUAUCAUAAAUUGUUCCAAUGGCCGAAUAAAAAUAUCAAUCAUAUAGUUACAAUUUUUUGUUAUAAAUAUUAAGUUCAAAUUUUUAAAUUUCAACAUUUUAAAACAUUAUUUUGUUUGAGCAAUAACUUAUUGUUGUAUAUAAAUAUAAAUUAAAUUACUUUAUGUAUCCUACAUUUUCACCAAUAACAGUGACACCAUCAACAGUAUCAGGUAUUUUUUUCCUUUGACUAUAAUAUAUUUAUUUAUUUUAUAUACAUUUCAGAUUGUAAAUGAUAUUCUAAGUAGUGUAACUAAAUUGAAUAGAAUAAAACAAAUUAUUCGAGGUUAAGUAGUCUUAAAUAAAUGCUAUCCUUGUAAGAUAGGUAGUAUUUUAAUAUUAUCAAUUUAUUUUAAUGAGUUUAAUAAAUGUUCGUC